AUGCCCUGCCUAAGGGAAUACUACAAGGCCCUGGCCGUACCUGGAGAAGAAGAGGCACUGAAAGAGAGAAUUAAAAAUGCGAAGCCACUUGGUAAAACGCUCACCAUCCCCUUCGAACGGAAUCCUGAAUUCUUUGGUUGCGAAAAGGAGUUGGCGGAGGUGGAUGAUUUCUUCAAGAAACAAAAUUCAUCAAAUCAGGUAUCAGCAGUAUUCAUAUUGGGCAUGCACGGGUUUGGGAAAACCCAACUCGCGCUAGAAUAUGCUUGGAAAAACGCCCCGAAUUACGAUUUCGUGCUUUGGGUUUCGGCAAAAAAUGAACUCUCUAUCCAGCAAUCCUUGAGCUAUGCGGCUACAAAAGCUCUCGGUUUGGCAGACGCAGAUCCGACAUUGAAUAACAUGGUGAAUGCAGUUCUGGUCAUGCAAUGGCUGGCAACUACCGAUUUAAAGUGGCUUCUAGUCUACGACAAUGUCAUGGAUGAUAUUGAGUUGAGCCGAUACUGGCCUUGUCACGGGCACGGAUCAGUACUUGUCACUGCCCCUUUCAAAAAAAGCGCAUUCAAAGACUAUCCGGAAAGUCAUUGGGUCGAGCUAAAAGAUCUUGAUUGCAAGGACGGUACGAAGUUUCUAAACCAUUGUCUUCCCCCUGAUCGAAAAAUUUUCGAAACCGACACUGCCGAAAAGAUACUAGACAGGCUAUUUGGGAGCCCAUACUUAAUCAGAGAAGCUACUGCCUUUAUGGUAGCCAAGAAAUUUUCACCAGAAAUGUUUCUUGACCUGUACAAAACGGAGAGCAGACAGUAUCCCGCAUGGGCUGUUUUCGAAAGAUUGGAAUUGGAUUCUAAGAUAGUGCUCGAUUCCCUGUCUUUUCUUGUGUCAGACUCUAUACCGCAAGAGCUUAUUAGUCGUUCGGAUUUGCUUGGCCAACAUCGUGAUGGAAAUUCCAAAUACGAUGCCUUGGUCGCUCUAGCAGAGUUGGCUUUGGUCAGAAUCAAUUAUGAGAAAAAAACCAUUUCUCUCAGCCAAGGUUUCCAGGGAUACCGCAUUCGUCAAAUGGCACAGAACCACUAUCGAGAAUAUUUCCAUCUCACCAUUUCCCAUCUAUUACAUUACUUUCUACCUCAGGAAGAGUGUAAAAAUGAAGCUCAUUGUCGGAUAGAACCGGAGCUAUAUCUACCACAUGUAUUAUAUUUAUUACGGACCGAUAGACCUGCAGAUUUCAGCCUAGUUUUAGACGCCGGCGACGUAGCCUUCGAGGCCCACGGCAUGCAAAAAAGGGAACCUGGCCUCUAUUUCUGCUUUCUUUAUUAUAAGCACUCUCAUCAGCUACAUAAUGGGGGUUUCGGAAACAGCAAAAUUACAGCUUUCAACGCGUCACGUAUCAUCUUGGAUGAAACGGAGUCGACGAGAGUCUAUCAAAAGAUGGCUGAGAUGAACUUGGAACAGGACCCAGUAGCUAUGAUGGUCUGCCAUAUGGGUCUUGCUGCUAGCAGUGCCGGUGAUUAUACCGCUGGUGACGGUUUGUUUGAUCUUGCAGAGCAAAUUCUCAUUGAGCACAGACCAUACAGGACAGACAUGCUGAUAGUGACCCAAGUAACGGUGGCACAACGCUUGUACUGCUGCAAUGAUUUUGAAAAUGCCGCUAAAAAACUGGAGGGAGCACUCAAGUUUGUUCAAUUUGUUGAACAAGGAACAAAACUUCCCCCCCUUGUCCCAUACUAUGUCCAUUUUGCCUAUAUCUCUCUUGGGAUUCGUUCUAAGAACCUUGAUCUAGCCGACAAGCAUCUUAGUCUUGCAUUUGAAGCAAUUAAAGGGGCUGGUAUGAAUCGCCGGCUCAAGUCACAAGGGCAGUAUUUUUACAUUGCUGGGCGAGCUGUCAAUAUUGACGAUAUCACAAACGCACCGGGCAUCCAUCGGGCACGGACUUUGUACGCCUUGUCUCGUGCAUAUGCUGCCUGCCCUGAAAAAGAGUCUUUGGGAGCUGAAACAAAAGGUCUCGCGGUGUCUUGCGCGGGAGACAGCACACUGGGACUAGAUAGUUGGGAAGACUUUGACAAACUGGUCAGUUUAGACUUGAGAUAG